AUGGAGCUGUUGGCCGAGUUUGUCGGGUGGGACGGGCAGCGACACCAGCUACGAGUGUCCUGUGAGGCACCGAACGAUGCCGACCCUCUCCAGGGCCUUCUGUCGGGAGUGGCCGAGCUGAGGGAGAGGUUGUCCGAGCUUUUCGGCGCCGUGGAACAGCAGGAAGCGCAGGAUCCGGUGGCGGCGGUGGCGGCUGGAGGCGAACUCUUAAAUGGUGAUGCUGAAGAUGCUGCAGAAGAUGAAAACAACCCUAACUCAGAUGGACCAUCUGCAAAACGACCCAAACCACCAACCUAA